AUGGCGGAUAAAUUGGUCGUUCGUGAUGGUAAUGCUCUUAAUGAACUCGAUGAUAAACGUAUCAAGCAAAUUAAGCCUCUCAUACCUCCUCAAAUUUUAAUGGAGGACUUGCCUUUGACCUUGAGGGCUGCUGAAACUGUCAUACUUGGCCGCUCGGGUGCUGAGGCUAUAAUAAAAGGUUUAGACGACAGGUUACUUGUUAUUGUUGGUCCCUGUUCGGUCCACGAUGUUCGUGCUGCAAUUGAAUAUGCUGAGAAGCUAAAAGCUUAUUCCGCUGAAGUAUCUAACGAACUCUUGAUUUUUAUGCGUGUCUACUUUGAAAAACCAAGAACGACAGUCGGCUGGAAAGGAUUGAUCAAUGAUCCUUUUCUAAAUAACAGUUUCCAAAUCAAUAAAGGAUUGCGUAUUUCACGUAAUCUUUUGAUGGAUAUAAAUGAAUUGGGUCUUCCAUGUGGCUGUGAAUUUCUCGAUACAAUUACCCCACAAUACAUUGCAGAUUUAGUUUCUUGGGGUGCUAUUGGUGCUAGAACAACAGAGUCUCAAGUCCAUCGUGAACUUGCUUCAGGUUUAUCUGUACCUGUUGGGUUUAAAAAUGGUACCGAUGGAAGUAUUGGCAUUGCAAUUGAUGCCAUUAAGUCUGCUAGUUCCAAACAUCAUUUUCUUUCUGUCACCAAACAAGGUUUGAGUGCCAUCGUAGCCACAGAA